AUGGAGACGAGGUCAACUGCAAACGAAAAGACAGUUUUAUUAACAAAUGAAUGGCCCAUUGGUACGAUUAGCAGAGAAGACAUCAACGAAGAGACGAAUAUCACUGGCAACGAAACGAACUAUCCACAACGACACCACCCUACUGUAAAAACAGGAGAAAACAGUCAGACAGAAACUCCACCACUUCCGGUGGACACGGAACAGGCAAGCUCUAGGUUGCAGACAACAAAUGAAAAUGUUUCCCAGGAGGAUGGGGAAAACAGGGGAGAAGAGCAAAGGGUAUCACAACCAGCAAAGGUCGAAACUGGAGUGCCUGUGGUGGGAUUUAUGGGAGGUUUGGGAUAUCCGCUGACAGGUGCUAUGUUGUCAGGAGUGACAUCGCCGGAUAAACAAGGUUUUUUGUUCUCCCUUUUGGGGUUGGUUGAGAGUGCUGGCACUCUGUGUAGUGGAUUGGGCCUCAAUACGCUGUACUCCAGCACGGUCGGAUGGAUGAAGGGAUUUGUCUUCCUGCUCUCAGCCGUACUGUGCCUACUCUGUGUUCCACUUUACAUGUAUUGUCUGGUGGCCUCCAGGGUCAGAGUGGACCGAGCCAACGACAUUAAAACUGACCAAUCAUAGAUAUAAAACAACUCAACUUGUGC